AUGCGUCGCAGCAGCACACUUCCAGCCCACUUCGAAAUGCUCGCCUUCCUACGUGCCAACAAGGACAUGUGGAGUGUCACAAGUCAUCUCUAG